CAUUCCACACUCGGCUGUCUUCUCUCUUUGCAGGCAAAUGACCCAAGGUCAGUGCAUCCACAUGGACCAUGACUGGGGAUCAGACUAUGGAAUUCCCUGAAAUUGAUGUUCCACAGGGACCUUCAGAAUUCAGUAGGAACUGUGAAGUAUCGGGUUACAGUUACUCUUCUUCACAACUCUGGCCUGAGUCAUACUGAAGUGUGGCAAAGAGGACUUGCCGUAGAGCAGCAGAUUCAAAAUGCAGCUGUGAGUGACUCUGGAGAGCUCAGGGGACUCCUCCUUUCCCUACAUCCAAAGCUGGAUGACUAUGCCAAGAAAAUGGUUCUCCAUGGCAUCACACGGUGUGUUUACUUACUAGACAAGGAGGCGUCUGCCUGUACUUAUGAUGACAUUGUACAAGUGGCCUCAUUCCUGGAUGAUCAAGACAUGGGGAUCAGGAUUCAGACUCUCAAUGCCCUCAAGGCCUUUGCUGGCAUCUGGAAGUUUAAAAUCAAAAAUCAGGAAUUUGUCCCCAAAAUUCUUGAAAUGAUCGCCAGCUUCUGGGAUAACGAUAUGCACAUUGCUGGGUUGAGGCUGCUGAAUGGACUGCAGUUGCCAGCUCAAGCUCAUUCGCUGCUCAAAAAGCUUAUGCCUUCCUUGAUGGACAUACUGCAGUUGGGGAGUCCUGCGGCCCAGGUGCAGGUUCUAAAGUUUCUUAGCAUGCUAGCCCAGAAGGAAGAUCUAUUGUACAGCAUCAUGAACUGCCAGGUGCAAGCUGAAUUCCUGAAUCUCUUCCAACCUUCCCAUCCUGGAAACCUCCUCUUUGAGAUGCUGGUGUUUGUGGAACGGCUAAGUGAGGGACGUCUGACUCCACACUACCAGUCAGUGAAUUGGCAGUACAAUGAGUUGUCCCUUCACGAGGUCCUCUUUGGAGAAGAUUCACGUCUGUCUGACUGCCUUCUCUCUCUUAUCAUUCACCCUGAGGAAGAAGUACAAAUCCAGGCCUGCAGGGUCAUCUUGAAACUCCAGCUAAGUACAGACACAGAGAUAUCUAUUGUCAGUGAAACUGAUUCUAGCCUCAGUAGCUUCCUAUUUGACUCUAUUGGCAAUACUACUGUUGCUGAAUCCAGAUUGUCUCAGUGUUGAACCCUUGCAGAACUGAAGAGAUAAGUAAAUUAUUUCAAUCAGAAUAAGGCAAAGAUAUUAAUAAAUGGCUCUGGGGAAGAA